UUCUUCUUGCACAUCACAGUUCAUCUCCGGUUCGUUUUCCGCAUUGCCGUUGCAUCAACAAACCCUGUAAACAUGGCAUCGGCCCUCGGUCGCCUCGUCAGGCUGUCUCUCCUCAACCCCCCCUGCAGAUCCCCGCUAACCCCCUCCAGUGUGCCGGGGAACACCGUGACAGCAUGCCGGACGGCCGUGUGCUCGUCGUCCGGUUCUAUGCUUCCCAAACCCAAAAAGACCCCCUUCGGCCUAAUCCGGAUCGCCCUGGUAGUCGUGCCCUUCUUGUAUGUGGGGACGCAGAUCAGCAAGAACUUUGCCGCCCUCCUGGAGGAGCACGACAUCUUCGUCCCCGAGGACGACGACGAUGAUGAUUGAGGGGUCUGGAAAGCUUCAGGUUAGCAGAUUGUGUAUUGUGUGACGAUGACCACCGCCAAGCGUCAGUGAGCAUCUCAGCAGAUUAACACCUUUCCGGAGUUGCGUCUUUGUGCACUAGAUUCAGGGUUUUUGCUGCCCCGGGCUGAUCAUAUUGUACUGUAUUUGUCAUUCACUACUCACGUCUUAACAAAAAGAAUACUGCUUGUAAAAUACAGCGCAGAAUCAGUGGAGCUGUGCGAUACCAGAACACACAAUGAUUUCAAUAAAAUCAAAUUUUCUAUCAACUGUUUAAAACACUUCAUUGCAUGAAACAUAAAACUUGUUUGGAACAAAGCUGGUACGUUAUUCCCAUCUUAAGGAGGACAAAAUCCAGACUGUAAAAUGUUAUUUGUCCUCUUACUGUUAGAGCUUUCGGCUCAGUUUUGGUCUGGAGAUGUCAAUUUUCCAAAUACAAGAUUAAAGCUUUUCAUAGCAGCAGGAAAAACAAAAAUAAAUAAAUAAAACUGAUGGAAUCAACAAUAA